CGAAAUGAACUGGGUCCAUUCGAAAUUAUAGAGAGAGAGAGACAGUUGUGGUUGUUCGCACAUGGAUUGUGUUGAUUAAUUAACGUGUUGAUUUAUAAGUUAUUAAAAAAUGGCUAAGCCGCAGUUUGACGAGACCCUAGGGGGGAGUGUCAGUAUCUCUCAUGAUGUGGAAAUUAAUAAGUUGAUUUCUGCAAGGGCCAGUGAGAUAUUGGCAAUGACACACUCUGUCGAGAAUCCCCAACGAACAAAAUUGGUCUUUCAAAAGCUGCCAGUCCAUAUGAGACGUCGUGUGAUGUCGCACAACGCCAAGAGGAUGCCCAGAAGAUUGCGAGAAGCCCACCAGAUGCAAAUGGAGAAGUCUGGCCUUCCCCCAAGAUCAAAAAGACCAUCUAGAAAGUACAGAAGGCGUCCCCACAAUCUCCUCCUGGAGUACAACCGAAGGAAACGUACGAAAAAAUGGCUGGAGACCCACAUUUGGCAUGCAAAACGCUUCCACAUGUGCGAGAAAUGGGGCUAUAAAAUACCAAAUUUCUCGAAUGACAGAGGAUAUAGGGCUAGUUAUCGAGCUGUGGCCAAACACUGCAUGAUACAGGAUAUCUCCUACUACAGUUGCAUCGAGCUGACGGGUCCUGAGGGGGUUUUGAUCGAGAGAUUGAGAGUUCACUCUAGGGAUGAACUGUCUUUUGGGGCCAGGUUAUAUCUGGCUGGCUCGAGAGAGGGUUCUCUAAUGUUUUAUAAAAGAGAUCAUUGUCCUGUGGGGGUUGUCCACUUCUUCUGGAGACCCAGAGUUGAGGAAAGCUUGAGAACUCUCUGGAUUUGGGUGCAUCCUGCCUUCUUUGACGAUGUAGUUCAUGAAAUUUCAUUGAGUUUUGGAUUCUCUGGAACAGCUGGAGGCCAAGCAUCGAUGAAUUCUGACGAGUCUGGAUGCAGAGUAAACUUACUGGUAAAUUACUUCAAUAGAUUCAGGCUUCGAGGACCUCUGAGUAUUGCUGUACUAUCAUCUACUUUGAAGCUACCAAAAUCACCAGGUCAUGAUGGCAAAACUGCCUGGAACGACGUGUGGUAUGCGAAUUCUAGGAAUAAAAAUGAUUUCAAUCUUCAGGAUGAGUUUUUCCAGGGAAUUCAGACGUUGAAUUCACCUGGACAAUUGCCUAGGAGCUCGGUGGUGGCCCUCACUGUUUUAGAUCCUAGGAUUUUCCUUCCUGAAAAAAGGAGAAAGGCUGUUUUGAAUCAGGAUGACUGCAGAAAAGUGCUUAAGGUGCCUGAGGGGGUGUCUGGAAGCCCUCUAUGGGAGAUAGAUGUCAGGGAGAGGCUUAAAGAGGAUUUCAAGACCAAUCACGAGAUUAAUAAAUUGAGGGAGGACAACCUCGUUCCUGGUGUGCAGAAUGACCACGAAAUUGAUGAGGAGAUUAUGGCCAAAGUGCCUGUUAUUCUCGUACAAUGCCCGGGGGAUACUGAUAGGGGAAAGAGUACUGGUUUUGCUUCAGGAAUAGACAUAAUCAUUCCCUCUAGAUGGGGAGUGGCCUUCUGGAUAGCUUUCAUACACAGGUGUGCUCGACCAAUAGGCAUUCGAGAGUAUAAAUCCUUGAUUUUUGAGAACCUCAACCUAAAUUCUCCAGAAAUCCAUCCCCCAGAUACUUCAGCCUACUGCAAGGAAUCAUUGGAGAUUAAAAAUGAACUGACUGAGGUAUAUUUUCGUCGUCCACCGAACAGACGAAUAAACUUCACAAAAUUUUCCAUAACGAGCCCUUUUUUCUGCGAAUGGAGGCUUCUGGUGACGGAAUGGACAGGUGGUGAUGCUGUUAAAGUUAUGAGGAAUCCACGAGUUCUCCAAGCACUGGCCUCUACCCUUAGAGGCUUCUCAUCGGAUCAGAGAGAUCGGAGGAGAAAGAUCUCAUCGAAACGUUUACCACUGAACAUAUUCGACGAAUCUCUGGAUCGCACCUCUCUAGUCCCUGUGAGGAUUACAAUUGUGGGUAAAGGGAGACCAAAGAAGUUCGCUCUCAUCUGUAUGCCGAACGAGGAGGACCUGAGAAGCCCUAAAGACCCUAUCCAGAGUCUUAGGCCCGAUCCCUUCCAGAAUAAACGAAAAAUCAUGACGAAGAACCAUAAAGAGGCCUUGAAACGAGCCAUGAACCGACGAAGGAGGCUGAGAAAAGGGAAUGAAUUGCCGGAUGGGAAAGACAUGACCAGCGUUGAUAUCAAAGGGCAUGCUGAGAGGAUGAGGGCUUUAUACCUCCCAGAAUGCAGGGGAGUUCGUCACUCCUGCGAUCGAGAGAUUAUGGGACAUCUAAGUCAGGGGGAUUUUUGUUUCACGGAAUCCACUGGCAUCGGAUGGGGUUAUGUUGUUAUGGAGUCUCUGGUCAAAUUGAUGGGACGAGAGACAAAUGUUGUUUUUGUGAGGAAUGUACAGAGUAGACAGUAUAGGAGGGCUAAGAUAGAUAUUAUUGAAUAAAGAAAAUUAUUUGUUGUUCAUGAAUUCUAUCAGAAUUGAAUUAUUCAACUAUUUAAUGGAGAACAUAUUUUUUCAUCCCUAAUGGUUCCAAGCCCCUAAACAGUAUUUUUCUUUAUGUAUAAAUAAAAGAAACCAUUAAAAAAAUUUAUGCAGACA